AACAUACGAAUCGUCGAACACCCAGCACGUCAACGACGGUGGGGCCCGUCAAAUCUGGUAACAUCGAACAUGGCGUCUGCUAGGUUAUCACCGUGAGUUCUGUCCGUGUUUAAAGCCGUUUAUGCGGAAUUUUCGGGGAUACUGCGGGCUGACGCGGAGCACCUCGUCUUCGGGGAGGCGUCCAUGCCCCUCUGAAUCCCGUGCAAGCCAUCCUCGUGGCGCUUAGUUCCAGUGAUAAACGUGCGAAUGGUCGUGUAAACAGUGUCUUGAUAUACACACCCUGACGCGAGAAAAUUUGACGAUUUUACUGCGAUUUUAGUGCCAGUGUAGUCAUACUAAUACACUGAUUUAUCUUUAUUUAUAUCUAUCAAAUCAUCAACCAUUUGAAAUCAAUACCCAUAGACAUUUAUUUUUAAUUUAUUCUUUGAAAAUGAUAGAUUUGCUUACUAAUUGUUUUUAUACACGGGGUAACGAAAUUCUUCAUUUCACCCUGCUUUGCACAUUACAUUGUGUCAAUGAAAUGAAAAAUAGUGCAAUUUAAAAGCAUCAAAUAUUAAUCAUACUCAUUAACUUGUAUUUAGUGUACUAACAAAAAUAAACAAGCAUAAAAAAUGUUUUUUUUUUAAUUAAUGACAAUAUAAUCGAAUAUUUUUUUUUCAUAGUUGAACUUGUUAUGAAUUGAUAAAUAGAGUAAGCAAGUGAAAAUAUUGUCUUGAUCACACUUGCUAUGAUUAUAAAUGAUAUUUAUAAAAUUUCCUUUAAUUGUAUAUGACAAUAAAUAGACUUGAAAUAUUUGUAUUGAUGAAGACAGAAUAAUUUAGAUUUUAAGGAAGUUUUAGGAUAAUUGUUUAUCUAAAUACAGUGUUUAUGAUGAAAGACAUUAAGAAGACUAGGCUAUAAUGACACUGGAAUAAUAUAAAUACAGAAAGUGUAGAGCCAUAUGCCGCCAGCCGGGCUAUCGGCAAGAGGUUUGAUUUCAUUGAUGGACCACGGACAAUCCGAUGCUCGUCAUCGGAGCGAGCGAUUUUUAUUAUAUUCAGAGAAUGGCUCCUCUCAGCCUCAUACACCAAGUACAGCUGCUUCGUCGCCAAGAUAUCACAACACACCAAGAGAAAACAACUUUCAAAGCUACGGAUAUCCCUACGGGCGGACAUCAAGUAACAACAUGUCUGACAGCAGUGUCUCGGACACUCACAGUGGUGGAACCGCCAGGACUGUCUCUCAACAGACCAGUCCAUCUCAUGCGACCCACUCGUCGUCCCACUCUAGGCAAGACAACAGCGCAACGAUUUUCACAGCAUUAUAUGACUAUAAUGCAACAUGCGAGGACGAAUUGUCAUUACAAAGAGGUGAAACAGUGGAGGUAUUAUCGAAAGAUUCCAAGAUUUCUGGAGAUGAAGGUUGGUGGACGGGGAAAAUCCGUGGUAAAGUCGGUAUUUUUCCUGCUAACUUUGUUGCCGAGGCUGAAUGCAUUGACCGGGUAUCGUCGGUGAUCGAUCAAGUUCAACCUGUCGAGAUUGAUUUCAAUGAACUGCAAUUGGAAGAAGUAAUAGGAGUUGGAGGUUUUGGUAAAGUGUACAGAGGAUACUGGCAAAAGCAUGAAGUAGCAGUGAAAGCAGCUCGACAAGAUCCUGAUGAAGAGCCUAGUGUAAUAAUGGAAAAUGUUCUCCAAGAAGCAAAGCUCUUUUGGCUUCUUGAACAUGAAAACAUUGUAAAGUUAGAAGGAGUUUGUUUGAAGAUGCCAAAUAUGUGCCUGGUGAUGGAGUAUGCUCGUGGAGGAAGUUUGAACAGGGUUUUAAGUGGCAGAAAAAUUCGGCCCGACGUCCUUGUCGAUUGGGCUAUUCAAAUAGCUCGAGGAAUGGAUUACCUUCAUAACAAAGCUUUAAUAAGGCUCAUUCAUAGAGAUCUCAAGAGCUCAAAUGUUUUGCUGAGUGAACCGAUUGAAAAUGACGAUCUCCAGUGUAAAACUUUGAAGAUUACUGACUUUGGGUUAGCCAGAGAGGUCUACAAAACAACUCGAAUGUCCGCAGCCGGAACGUAUGCGUGGAUGGCUCCAGAAGUAAUUAAACAAAGUACUUUUAGUAAAGCCAGUGACGUAUGGAGUUAUGGAGUACUCUUGUGGGAACUCUUGACAGGUGAGACUCCUUACAAGGGUAUUGACGCGUUGGCUGUUGCAUAUGGCGUAGCAGUCAAUAAACUUACGUUGCCAAUCCCCUCAACAUGUCCACAACCUUGGAGAUAUCUUAUGGAAGCAUGUUGGGCUGCCGAUAGUCAUGAACGUCCUGGUUUUUCCGAUAUCCUCAUCGCUCUAGAUGAAGUAAGAAGUGCAUUUGCAGCAACACCUCAUGAAUCAUUUCAUACAAUGCAAGAAGAUUGGAGACUUGAAAUUGAAGAAGUUCUUCAUGGAUUGCGCAUGAAGGAAAAGGAAUUGCGCUGCAGAGAAGAAGAACUGACAAAAGCUCAAGUACAACAAAGACAACAAGAAGAAAAUCUUCGGCAGCGAGAACAGGAGUUAGCAGCACGUGAGAUUGAUUUGUUAGAGCGAGAACUUACUGUGAUGAUAAUCGAACAGCAGGGUACACCUACACCUAAUAAAAGGCGAGGAAAGUUCAAGAAAUCUAGAUUAAAACUUAACAAGAAAGAACCAGGAAGUAAUAUCAGUGCUCCUUCGGAUUUUCGACAUACUAUAACUGUUCAACAUACGGCUUUGGAUCGAGGAAAAAAUCGAAAUACAUCAAGACCAAAUAGUCCUCCAGGUUCUCCAAGUAUUCCGCGUCUCCGAGCAAUUGCUUUACCGGCUGAUGGAGUUAAGGGUAAAACAUGGGGCCCUUCAACACUACAUCAACGCGAGCGUGGUGCAAUUAUCCAGCCACCGAAUCCUGCAUCACCUGGUGGUAAACGUUGGUCGCGCUCGGCUCCAGAUCUUGAAAAGACUCCGCUACGUACGGCACGUCUGGCGAGCGCCCAACGGCCACCACUUCUUCAAGAAAUAGGCCUUUCUGAGGAAAACAUCCACUCUACUCAUUAUCCAACACUUCCUGUGGAUGUGCCAUCAGACUGGAUAACAGAAUAUUCGAUAAAACCAGGAUUAACUGGUCCUUAUAUUAUGCCAAUGCCUGUACCAAUGCCAACACUUUACAAUGGAGAAGCCAAAAAACCAAAGCCGGGAAUUAUUGAAUUAGCACUGUAUAAUAUUGCGGCAAUGCUGGCUGGUGUUGCAAUUGGAUAUGACGUGAGAAUGUCCAACGUAUCACCAAUUCAUCCACGACUCUAUCCAAGAGGUAUCGAUGGAGAAGAAGAACCCCCAAGAUGGUGGUUUCAGACGGAUACAGGUUCCAAUCGUAAUUCUGGAUAUCUCGGCACUGAUUACGAGUUUAGUUCUCCCAGUGGAUAUCCUCACAAUACCUACCACGGUCCAGCAAGACAUUAUAGGCCAUUUUUGAGUAGCAUGGGAGGCAUAGCCCCAGGUCUUCCAUUAAAUGUAAUAGACAAACCUCUUAGAUUUACUGAUUCCCCUCAACAUUAUACCGCAAAUCCUGGUUCUAAUGUACCUACACCGAGUCCACGACGGAAAAGUUCAAGUACAAGUAAUGAAGAUGCUUAUUCACCUGAGACCUCACGAUUAGAGCGAAUAGAAAGAGUUCCUACAAUCUACAUGGGUAACGUACCUCCUUACGAUUACGGGCCACCUCUUUACACCAUGAUGCCUCCAGAAUAUUAUAGACCUCAUGAAUCUGGAUAUGUUUUAACACAAGACUAUCACGAUCGGAUGCUAGAAUGUCCAGACUUUCUUCAUGCGUAUGACAAUCCCAGUAAUGUAAACAGUUUAGUAAGACCUUCACAAAGGCUUCCAUCUUACACUCAUCAUCGUACAUCUUCGAAUGUAUCGAAUACAAGUACCUCAAGUCAAAGUAAUGUGAACCCUUCAUUUCGACUCGACGACGACAGUGAUUAUGCUGUUUAUUCACCGACUCAUUAUUAUCAAAGAUCUCCGAAUCUCAUCAGCAAUAUUGGAACCUAUGGCUCAACCAUCAAUCAUGAUUAUAGUUCUCCUCAGUACCUGACUCGUCAAAAUUCGCAUGAUUCUAAUCCAAACUCUAACGAUCGACCAAGUAAUCUUGAAGUUGUUACGCGACUACGAUCGAGCUUAAAGCGAUCUAAUUACUCUUAUAAUUCUCCAAAAAGUACAAGUAAAAAUAAUUCAGGAUCAGGUACACCGACAAAUCCAACUCCACCGGAUUCUCUAACAUCAGAAGAUUCUAGUUAUGUAUCGGCUAAAGAUAGUCAGAUAUCUAUCAGCAGAGUACGCUUUUCACCAGUGACUUUUGAUCGUGAAAGUUUGUCUCGAGAACAUCGAGACACUCUUCUUGACGUUCAUCCUCAAGCCCAAGAAACAAUAACGUCACCAUUGCAAUCGACGCGACGAUUAAAUAGGAACAGGAAAUCGAGUGUAUCUGAGCUUGAUAGGGAGUUUUUAUCAUAGCACUGGCUUAUUUAAAAAAUAAAAUGAUUAUGACACAUGUGUGAUUGAAAGCAGUGAAAAAGAAAAGUGAACAAAGAAUUAACUUAUGAAAGCUGUAAGUGAAGAUAAGAAUGGGAAAUACAAAAAAAGUGAAAAAUUGACUUUAGAAAGGGUAUUAAAUUCUUAAUCACUGCCUCAUGCUUUAGUGUCAUUAGCAAUGCCUGUUAAAGGAAGUAUAGUAGGAGAAAAUAAGUUUGAAAAUCUAAAUGAUAAGAAAUUUACAUUCCACAUACUUGAAAGAGGUAGGGUUGUGCAAAUAUAUCAAGUUGUUUCUAAUAAUUGAUUGGAUUUAGAGUUAUCGAAUUUUUUUUAACUGCUGGUAGUCAUAUAUCUUUUUAUUGUACACUUUGUUGAACGAUUCUAUCAGAAAAAUCUACGUAAAGCAACCUUGAAAUUCGUGUAAAAUAUCAUUUCUUUUUAUUCUAAUAUUUCAUACGGUAUGAAAUAUGUCAACCGUACAUCUCACUUUUUAAUAAUGAAAAAAAAAUCAUUGAUCAAUUCUACUUUAUCACGAUUUUUAUAUUUUUUAUUAUGAAGUCAGACAAUAUCAUUAGUUAUUUCAAAUUAAUUAUAGACUUUCAGGCUUACGUAAUUAACAUAAAACAUUCCAUGUGUCUUAACAUUCUCUAAGAUGCAUUUUAUUUCGCGAAUAUCAAUUUUGUAUUAAUCUUUGUAUAAUUAUAAGUAAGAGAAAAAAUUAUAACAUUCCCGUAAGUUUCUGGAUAAGAAUUUUUAUUAUCAAUUGUUAAUGAUAUUAUCAGUAUGAUGAACCUUGAAUAUUUCUUGUAAUCAAAAAUAAAUAUUGUAUAUUCUCUGCAAUGUAAAGUUUAAGUAAGAAAAAUAUAGAUUUGUCAGAAUCACUUGUCAGUAUUUAAAACAAAAAUACAUGGAGUGUAAAUAAUACAUAUUCAAUGAAGAAUAACAUUACUAUAGUCUUGAAGGGGGGUUUUUGCAUUUGAUAUUGAAAAAUGAGUUUAUAAAAAUAAUUAAAUGCUAUAGAAACAAUUAGCACAACUGUAAAGUUUAUUACUGAGCUUUAUACGUUUUUUUUUCUUUUCAUUGAUGAAAGUAGUAUACAAAAGACCAUAGGAAUUUUUUUGACGAUAAUUGCCCUUCUGUGCUGUACAAAGAUUUUUUGCGGUGCUAGUAUCAUGUACUUAAAUUUAAUAAAUAAUGUAAAUGGGGAAAAGUAGGAGAAAUCAUUUAAAAGUAUAAAAAAUUCUUCCACAAUUAAACUAACUGUUUGAGUCAAAUGGAAGAUAGAAGAUAAAAUGAAGAAAGAUUUAAUAAAAAAAUCUUAUUAUUCUAAUCAUUAAUCGGUAUAGUGCUAACAAUUUUAAUGAAAUCAUACUUAUAAUAAUUCAAUAUACAGCAGUUAACAAUGUAAGAUUGUUGUGUACUGGUGUAUCUACACCAAAAGUGCUAGUCUAAGUUACAUAUAUUUAUUAUUUUUUUUACAUUAUAAAAAUCUAUUCAAAUAAGAGUUUGAAUAGUUUAUUUAAAAUAUGUAAUCAUAUAAUUUUCAUUUUUAAUACUCAAAGAGACUUAUUAAAUUUUAUUUGUAUAAAUACUAAUAAAUUAAAUGAAAGUGUGAAUGUGCCGAUAAUAGUAACGUGAAAAAUGUUGAAAAAGCCUCAUCAUAAAGCGUCACUCUAUUAUUUUUUUUUAUUCUUAUUCAUGCGAAAAUUAUGUUGUCAACUUUCUUUCUCAUAGAUUUACGAUAAAAAAAAAGAAAAACUGUGUAUAUCAUUUUGAUAAAGCGUGUAAAUUAAUUCUUUAAUUUAGGCUCUUUGGGUUUAGUCAACAAUUUUGAAAAUAGAUUAAUUCGUACAUAAUAUUAACUUGACCAAGAAAACUAUAAUUAUUGAAAAGUGUAAUCAUAAAUAUUAUAUUUCAGUAAGAAAAGAAAACAUGUCGAUAAAAAAGAAGAAUUAAUAGAGAUGCGUCGUGUUCGCAGAUGAAGUAAUAUUUAACUAUAAUACUAAAGCUCGAAGAAUGUGUGAUCGUUGAAAUAUUUUUUUUGUAAUGCAUGAGAGAGAAAAUAUUAUAAUAGAUUUAAAUGAAAUUAAAAGAAGUAAUUAAAAUAAAGAAAUGGAAUUCAUAUAAAUCUUGUGGCAAUUCUUAUAUUCGUAUUUGACAAAAUCAUUGCGAUAAAGAUUAAAUUAUAAUAAAUUUAUAACUGCCUAGAUUAUAAGGAUUUAAUUGUUAAGCCGCUAAGUGCAAUGUGUUCCACAUACGAAAAACAAAAAUUACAUUAUAAAAAUCGUAUAUAAUGACUGCUUUGGUACGCGCCUUAAAGAUUAUAUGUAUAAAUAAAUUUAUAAAAACUAAUCAAUACUUUAAGGCAAUGAAAGAAAAAAAGAAUAAUCACGAUCACUCACAACAAUAAGUACUGAUUACAAUUUUCAUUUCCUCAAACGAGCAAUAGAAUGUGACACGACGGAUUUUUUACAAGUUAUUUUUUUUAUAAUUUUUAGUAUAAAAACUGAAAAAGGCAGCAUGAUAAAAAAUCUGAUUUUCUUCUUAUCAAAAAAACAUAAAAUAUUUAAUUAAA